AGGGGGAGAAAAGGCUUUGGCAGAGAGGUUUUGUUACAUUGAUAAGAGCAUCUGGCAGCAGCUCCAUAGCCAUCCGCUAGUCUUCUUCAAACCGUGCACUCUUCUCUUAGACACACUGAGAAUAUUGGCAGGGAUGGAACUGCCCAAUAUGGAAUACAUGAGGCGCCGCUGUGACAGUGCAGCCUCCGUGCCCCAGUUCACCAACUCCCCCACUCUGAUUGUGAUGGUUGGACUGCCUGCCAGGGGGAAGACAUACAUAUCCAAGAAGCUCACCCGCUACCUCAACUGGAUAGGGGUUCCCACAAAAGUCUUCAACUUGGGCCAGUAUCGCAGGGAAGCAGUCCAGAGCUACAAGAGCUUUGAGUUCUUCAGACCGGACAAUGAGGAGGCCAUGCAGAUUCGCAAGGCCUGUGCUUCAAAUGCCCUUAAAGAUGUAGUUAUCUACUUCUCGAAGGAACAUGGACAAGUAGCUGUGUUUGAUGCCACCAACACAACACGGGAGAGGAGGGUAUCCAUUGUGAGCUUUGCCAAGGAAAAAGGCUAUAAGGUAUUUUUUGUGGAGUCCAUUUGUGAUGAUCCAGACAUCAUUGCACAGAAUAUUACGGACGUGAAGGUGAGCAGCCCAGACUAUCUGAACUGUGACAAGGAGGAGGCACUGGCAGACUUCCUGAAACGUAUCGAGUGCUACAAGCAAACCUACGUGCCAUUGGACGAUGAGAAAGACAGGCGCCUGUCUUACAUCAAGAUCUUCAACGUGGGCUCUAGGUACCUGGUGAACUGUGUGCGGGACCAUAUCCAGAGCCGGAUAGUCUACUACCUCAUGAACAUCCACGUCACGCCGCGCUCCAUCUACCUGAGCCGCCACGGGGAGAGCAAUAUGAACCUGCUGGGUCGCAUUGGGGGAGACUCCGGACUCUCUCCCAGGGGUCAUAAGUAUGCCACUGCCCUGGGAACCUUCAUCAAGAGCCAGCAUAUAAAGGAUCUGAAGGUGUGGACCAGCCAUAUGAAGAGGACCAUCCAGACUGCAGAGCAUCUGGGGAUCCCCUAUGAACAGUGGAAGGCUCUCAACGAGAUUGAUGCAGGUGUGUGUGAGGAGAUGACGUAUGAGGAGAUCCAGGACAACCACCCAGAGGAGUUUGCACUGAGAGACCAGGACAAGUACCGCUACCGUUACCCCAAGGGUGAGUCAUAUGAAGACCUGGUCCACCGUCUGGAGCCAGUGAUUAUGGAGCUGGAGAGACAGGAGAAUGUGCUGGUUGUUUGUCACCAAGCUGUCUUGCGUUGUCUGCUGGCCUACUUACUAGACAAAACCGCAGAUGAGUUGCCAUACCUAAAAUGUCCUCUUCAUACGGUGCUCAAACUUACACCGGUGGCAUAUGAUUAAACCUUGUCAAAGGCAGCAAGUGGCAAAGGGGCAAAAAAGACAAGGGAGAAGACUGGAUGAAUACAAGAUCAAAUAUGACAAACCCCACUGCCUAUGGAAACACUGAGGGGGAUAAUUGACUGAUUUCUUCCUCCGUGGCAACAUAGGCUAAAGCCAAGUAUUGAAUGAGCAUGUGUUGUUUAUUGACCUAUAAUGUACAAGCAAUAUGCCUCGGUCUGCUCAAUCUGACCCUGGUGUCUCAUACCAGACAUUUAGUGAAGCACAGUCAGACAGGUGGUGUCAGAAGUAGUUUGGCACUACUGUGAAAGUGGCCCAACAUGUUGUCAAUCAAACAUUUUCUCAGGCAAUUCUUACAUUAGGCUGCAGGAUAAAUUAUCAUACUUAAGUGAAAGUAAAGUUCAAAAGGUCAGGAUGACCUUCUAGUGAACUGUUAUAGGUCCAAUGUAGAAGUUGUAUUUUAUUUUAUGUACCUUACUGUGAUUCUUUUUUUUUUUAAGAAACAGAAAUAGAUUCUUAGCUAAGAUCAGUUUCUCAAGCAAGAAUGUUGAUAGGACUGUCUGCGAGUGGUCUGACUGGGGAAGGGAAAACUGAAAACUAGCUGUUAUUGGCAGAGAGGUUUGGAAAUGGCUUUGUUAUUGGUCUAUUAACUAAU